GGGCUAGUAUGCAAAAAGGCAAGUCACCUUCCUAGCGUCUCCCCAAAUCCCCCAAAUCAGAUCGACAUCCCUGGCGGCGGCCAACGCGUUCCUUGGUGGCUGACUCGUUCCUGCCGGCGGAGGGGGCGGCGGAAGGCGGAGGGCGCGCUCCCCACGACGGCUGGCGUUUUCCUCGCGGCAGAAGAGAGGGGGGCUCUUCCUUGCGGCAGCGGCGGGCGUGUUCCUCACGACGGCGGCGGCGACGGGCGUGUUCCUCGCGACGGCAGCGGCGGGCUUGUCCCUUGCGGCGGUGGUGGCAGCUCGGCUGCGUGGGGGAGGUGAAGCAGCGGCGGCAGCGGCCGCGUGGUCGAAGGGAAGGGGCGCCUAGGGUUCCUCCUUCCCCAACCCCAACCAGCUCUGCAGGAACCGACGCCCCAAGCUCGCCAACGAGAUCUCGCUCUCACCGUCAACACCAGAAAAAGCUUCAACCCGAAAAGAUUGGAUGAGGUUGGAUGAGGUUGGAUGAGGUUGCCUGAUAGGUUUUCAAGUGAUUACAUUUCAGGGGUGAAUGCAUUCAUUGAUUUUGCUUGUCAACAUAACAGCGGCAAUGAUAAGAUGCGUUGCCCUUGUGAAACUUGUAUGAAUAUAAGUCAGCAGAGUGUCAGUCAAGUUCGAACCCAUUUGUUAUUGUAUGGUAUACAAACUUCAUACACAAAAUGGAUAUUCCAUGGAGAACAAGUUAGCAAUGAUGAAGACCAAGUUGAUGAGUCACUUGAAAAUGAGGAAGAUCUUGAUGAUUUUGAUGGAUUUGAUAUGGUCCAAGAUCUGCUAGGAGAUAUCCAUAGAGCCACGGUUGGGGUUGACGAGCAAGAGAACCAUAAUCCUGCUGGAGGUAGCAUUCCGGAGCCCAAUGAGUCAUCGACCAGAUUUGACGGCUUGCUGAGAAGUGCACAACGUGAGCUAUACCCGGGCUGCAAAGGCCACUCGGUGCUAUCCUUUGUUUUAAAGCUGGUACACCUCAAAGAUCUUAACCAUUGGAGCAACAAAUCUUUUGACAUGUUACUCAAGCUUCAAAAGGAGGCUUUGCCAGCUGGUAACUCGCUUCCAGCCACGUACUAUGAAGCAAAGAAGAUGUUGAGAGAUCUAGGGCUAGGUUAUGAAAGUAUUGAUGCUUGCAAAAAUGAUUGUGUUCUAUUCUGGAAGGAGCAUGAGGACAAGGAUGAGUGCCCAGUUUGUAAGGAAUCGAGGUGGAAGACACAGAAGGGCAAGGGGAAGCAAGUACCUCAGAAAGUGUUGCGCUACUUUCCCUUAAUCCCUAGAUUACAACGGCUGUUCAUGAACAAGGAAAUAGCUUCAGAUUUGCGUUAUCAUAGGGAUAAGAGAGUUGUCGAACCAAAUGUGUUGAGGGGUCCUCCGGAUGGCGAUGCUUGGAAACAUAUGGAUAAGAAAUAUCCCUGGCUGGAAGAAGACCCUCGCCAUUUGCGGCUCGGGGUUGGCACCGAUGGUUUCAACCCAUUUGGAAUUAUGAGUAGCUCAUAUAGUGUGUGGCCUGUCAUUGUAGUUGUGUAUAACUUGCCUCCAUGGAGAAGCAUGAAAGAGCCCUUCCUGCUCAUGACAUUAUUGAUCCCUGGGAAGAAGUCACCGGGAAGGGACAUUGAUGUGUAUUUGAGGCCAUUGGUUGAAGAACUAAAGCAAUUAUUUAAUCCAGGAGUUGUUACUUUUGACGCUGUUGAAGGAGGUACUUUCAAUAUGCGUGCAAUAUUGCUAUGGACUAUCCACGACCUUCCAGCACUAGGUUCAGUAUUUGGGUAUUCUACAAUGGGCUACAAGGCAUGCCCUGUUUGCCUAGAUGGAACCUAUUCGCAACCACUUCGAAGCAAAAUUGGUUUCUUAGGCCAUAGGAGGUACUUGCCUAUUCGCCAUAGGUGGCGCAAAAGUAAGGCCUUCAAUGGUAAGAAUGAGAAAGCGUUGCCACCAAAACAACUAUCUGGGAAAGACAUUUUUGAAUUGUUGCAGAAGUUAGACCAUCUCCAGGGCUUCAAAUACGGAAAACACCCUGGAAAUAAGAAAAGAAAGGCAUCUUCAAAGGACAGGCCAGGGAAAAAUUUCACAAAGAUGAGCAUCUUGUUUGAGCUACCAUAUUGGAAGGAUCUGAAAUUGCCACACAAUCUUGAUGUCAUGCACAUUGAAAAGAACAUUUGUGAGAGCUUAUUCGGGACUUUAUUAAACAUAGAUGGCAAGUCCAAGGACACACUUAAGGCCCGCAAGGACUUAGAAGACAUGAAUAUCAGAGAAGAUCUACACUUGAAUGAUACGGGAAGUAGCGUAGAAAAGCAUCAUGCAUGGUACACAUUAACCAGAGAUGAGAAACUUGAGUUUCUGCAAUUCCUAGAAUCUAUUUGCUUCCCAGAUGGAUUUGCUGCAAAUAUAUCAAAAGGUAUAAGUAAAGAUGGGAAAAUAACUGGGUUGAAGACACACGACUACCAUAUUCUUCUUCAGAGAAUACUCCCGAUUGGAAUGCGAGGAUUUCUGCAUAAAGAUAUAUGUGAUGCACUUCUGCAGCUUGGUAGUUUUUUUCGCCAAUUAUGCUCCAAGACAUUGAAGCUGGAUAUCUUGGAUAAGUUGGAACAACAAAUAGUAAUUGUGUUGUGCAAACUAGAAAUGAUUCUCCCACCUGCAUUCUUUGAUAUCAGCGUGCACUUAGCAGUGCAUCUACCACAACAAGCAAGGCUUGGAGGUCCUGUACAAUACAGAUGGAUGUUCUUCGUUGAAAGGUUCCUUGGUACUUUGAAAGGCAUGGUGAGCAAUAGGGCACACCCAGAGGGUUCAAUUGCUGAAGCUUAUGUUAUGAAGGAGUGCUCAACAUUCUGCUCCAUGUAUCUACAUGGAAUUGAGACAAGGUUCAAUAGACAAGAGCGGAACUUUGAUGGGGAGAGACAACCACUUGAUCGUUUCUCGGUAUUCUCAACUAGUUUCCGUGCUUUUGGCCAUAGGGAUGACCUUAUGUUAACACAAGAUCAGUAUGAUUCUUUGUCUUGGUAUGUGCUAAAUAAUUGCGAGGAACUACAAGAAUACCUAUAUGAGCAUGAGGAUGCCCUACUGGUUGAAGGUGCAGAUAAUAUUGAAAAUAGGCAACGUGAACAGUUUGGUUCAUGGCUGCGCCAAAGAGUGAUCAAUCUGCGCAACCAAGGAGCAUCCCUAGUGUCUGACUGUUUGUAUGCAUUGGCAAUUGGACCGCAUAAGAGAGUACACAGAUUCUCAGGAUGCAUUGCUGGUGGUGUUAGAUUCUUGACAAAGGAGCGUGAAGAGGGUCGUAAAAGUCAGAACAGUGGUGUAUGCACAGAGGGACAACAUAAGGGGCAAAAUAUCACAUAUUAUGGUAUUCUUAAAAAUAUAUAUGUCCUGGAUUACCCCAAUGAUCGACAUGUUGCUUUAUUUGAGUGUGAAUGGUAUGAUUUAGAGAGUAACAAGCCUGUGAGGAUCGAUGACGACUUUGUUAGUGUUAAUACAGGAAGCAAGUGGUACCAAAAUGACUCCUUUGUACUAGCUAGUCAAGUGAGCCAAGUCUUCUAUGUACGUGAUACAAAAUUGAAGGGAGAUUGGCUAGUUGUGCAGAAGGCUCCGCAUCGCCAUCUUUUUGAUCCAGAGGUUUGAAAUCAAGUCAAUGAAGAUGAUGCUAGCGAUGAUAUUGCAUUUCAAGAGGAGGAAGCUACCAAUGUUUCCAUAGAUGAAACUUUUGAAGGCAAUAUCUCGUGUCGACAUGAUGUUGCACCAGAAAUUGUUACUGAUCCAAAAGAGUUGGCAUCUUUGAAGGAGAGCCAUGUCUCUCAGGAUAAUUCUGAAGAGGAACCAGAGUAGUAGAAUAAUUAUGUGUUGUAUCGGGUUAUAUGUCUCCUAUUUCAGGUUAUGUUAGACUACAUGUGUCCCGUGUCAGGUUAUAUUAGAAUAAUGGUGUUCUAUUUCAGUGUAUAUCAGACUAUAUGUAUCCUGUUUCAGGUUAUAUCAGACUAUAUGUAUCUUGUUUUAGGUUAUAUUAGACUAUAUAUGUCCUGUCUCAGGUUAUUUCGAAUUAUUAUUGAUACUUAUGAUUUA